UACAAUGUAUAAUAUGUUUGAACAAUGAUUUCAAUUUGGAUGUCAAAACAACAUCGGGUACAGUAAGGGGUAAAUUGGUGGAUGUCCUCAAUACAACUGUCCGUCAAUUUCUAAACAUACCGUAUGCCGAACCACCAAUUGGAUCGCUAAGAUUUGGCCAUUCGGUACCACUUAGUAAACCUAAACCGAAUAUAAUCGAUGGCACAAAACGGGGAAAUCUAUGCUAUCAAUCACCCGAUAGUCACAGUCCAUAUGAAAGUGAAGACUGUUUGGUACUAAACAUAUGGACACCAAAUGAUGUAAAAUCGGAUAAUAAACCGAAAGCAGUCAUGUUUUGGCUGUACGGCGGCGGACUAAAUGGUGGCUCUAUAUUUGGUGGAUGUGAUGGCCAUCGGUUGGCCGCUACUCAGGAUGUUGUUUUUGUAGCAGCCAACUAUCGACUGGGGAAACUCGGGUUUCUCUACGGUGCGGACGACUCGGCACCGGGCAAUGCCGGACUAUCGGAUCAGAUAAUGGCGUUACGAUGGAUCAGAGACAACAUCCAGGCAUUCGGUGGCGACAGAGAUCGGGUGACAGUGUUUGGUCAGAGCGCCGGUAGUCGAUCGAUAUCGGCACUGAUAGUCUCACCCGAAAGUAAGGGACUGUUCAGACGUGUAAUAUUGGAAAGCGGAUCAUACAUGCAUUGGAAGCAAAGAGGAUCACAAACAACCAGUGAGGCCCUCCAGGAGGCACAGACUAUAGCCCGACAAUUGAACUGUACAGUACAUGACAACCACAACAACACGAAUAACAAACAAUGGUUGGACUGUUUACGCAAACGUAAGCCAACAGAGUUUAGCAAAUAUCAUAAAGAAUUUACAUUUCCAUUGGACGGAACAUCAUUCCUACCCCUACCUGUCCAACAGGCAUUUGAAUCGGGAAAAUACACAAAGGGCUUGGAUAUUAUGGCGGGUGUGACACUCAAUGAGGGUUCAAUGUUGGCUAUGGGUGGCUAUCCUUUGCUAAGUAAAAAUAUUACUGAAUCUGAUUUUCUUAAAUUGGUCGCCGAAGUUGACACCACAUAUCACGGACUCAAUGUCAAUCGGGUAGCUGACCACUACUUGACCGGAGUCGACCGUAAAUCGCCAGAAGCCCUACGACUGGCGUUUUUCGACUUUUUCGGCGAUCUUCAUGUCAAAUGUCCCGCCUAUAUGUUUAGCCGACAGUACGCCCGAUUGGCCCAUAACUCCAGCCAACAACAAAAUGUCUACUUCUAUGAGCUGACCUACGAACGAAAAAACGGCUGUCCCCAGGGUAUGGGUGUUUGUCAUGGCAGUGAUGUUGAGUUUGUUUUUGGCGUACCGUUGACCUCACACGACUCGGUGUACACCCAAUUGGACAGAGAUUUUAGUUCAGAUAUAAUGAAAAUGUGGACAAAUUUUGCUAAAAAUGGUAAACCCGAUACUACUGGCACGUGGCCCGAGCUUUUGUCGCGUGAUAGUCCCGAUCACAUGAAAAUCAAGGAUCUUAAUGCACACAAUAAAACGCGCGUGCUUGUCGAUGUGUUUAAAAACUCGUGCGACACGUUUUGGCAUGAUUAUUAUUUGUAA